AUGUCUAAUGCCUUUAGCUUGAAGUGUAUGAAGUCUACAGACACAGCGUCUGCUAAGACAAACUUCGUAUAUGUUAGCCCCAACAUUUUUUCUCAAAUUCAAGGAGCCAGCGAGAAAUACGUAAUUAUCAAGGGUUCCAUCUGCAGAGUUGAGUCUAAUCCUAAGAUUGAUGAUGCCUACAUCUCACUCAACAGCAACCAGAGAACAUUCUUCAGAGCUGCCUUCGAUGAGUUGAUGACAGUUCGUCCAUACAUUUUUGGUGCAGAUUCAAUGAUUGCAACACGCGUCAAGAUCGAAAUCUCAUUCCAAAAAGCCAAUCAUUCAGCCAAAACCCAAAUGAAAGCUAAAGAACUUUUCGAAUUUUGGAAGACAAACAUGGGAACACUUCCAUUCUGCGAGAACUUCAUUUACUACGCCGAGUACAACGGCACAGCCUUCAAUUUCAAGGUCUUAGAACUCGAAGGCGCCACAGCAGGUGAUAUUGCCAACGGAAAGGAAUCUACGACAGUUAUGUCCGCAUUCUUCCAACCAUCUGCUACCGUUUUCAAGUUUACAAAGACCGAUAAGAACAUUCAAAUCGAAGAUGAAGAUUCCGGAGCCGGAUCUGCUCUUUUCAAGCCAGAUUGGGACUUCAAGAAGAUGGGCAUUGGUGGCCUUGACGAGCAGUUUGUUACUCUCUUCCGCCGUGCCUUUGCUUCUCGUAUUUUCCCUCCAUCCGUCGUCAAACAACUCGGAAUUCAGCACGUCAAAGGUAUUUUACUCUACGGUCCACCAGGUACUGGUAAAACACUCAUGGCCCGUCAGAUUGGUAAAAUGCUGAACACUGUCGACCCAAUUAUCGUAAAUGGUCCAGAAUUACUCAACAAAUACGUCGGUGAGUCCGAAGCGAACGUACGUAAGCUCUUCGAACCAGCCAUCAAGGACCAAAACGAAAACGGCGACGAUGCCCAGCUCCAUCUCAUUAUUUUCGAUGAAUUCGAUUCUCUUACAAAGCAGCGUGGUCGCGGCAGCGAUAACACUGGUACAGAGGACCGUAUCGUUAACCAGCUCCUUUCUAUGAUCGAUGGUGUCGACUCAUUGAACAAUGUUCUUAUUAUCGGUAUGACAAACCGUCGCGACCUUAUCGAUAACGCUCUUCUUCGUCCGGGCCGUUUCGAAGUCCAGAUUGAAGUCAAUCUUCCAGACGAAAAAGGCCGUCAGCAAAUUUUCGAAAUUCACACCGGCCCAUUACGUCAAAACAACAGACUGGCUAAGGAUGUCGACAUCAAAGAACUCGCCCAUGAAAGCCGCAACUACACAGGUGCUGAAAUUGCAGGUGUUGUCAAAUCUGCUGUUUCAUUUGCUAUGAAUGAGCGAAUUAACAUCGACAACCUCAAGGAAAAGAUCGAUCUCGAGCAUUUACUUGUUACCCGCCAGCACAUGUUGCUCGCUCUCGAUGAAGUUAAGCCUGCAUUUGGUGUCGAAGAAGAUACUCUUGCCAAGUUAUGCGUUCGUGGCAUUAUUGACUUCUCCGAUAACUUCAAGGCCCAGAGAGACCAGAUGAAGCGCUUCUUGGACGCUUUGAGGAACGAUCCUCAUCAAUCCUUGAUGUCCUUCUGCAUUUCCGGGCCAUCCAAGUGCGGACAGACUGCUUUCGCUGCACAGGUCUGCCGCGAUGCAGGAUUCUCCUUCGUAAGAGCAAUUCAAGCAAGAGAAUUCAUCGGAACUUCUGAAGACAAAGUUGCAGGUUCUAUCUUGCAAAUAUUCGAAGAUGCUUACAAAUCAUCAUAUUCAGCUAUCAUUAUCGAUGAUGUUGACAUGUUGGUCGAUUAUACCCCAAUUGGACCUCGUUUCUCAAACAAGAUCUUCCAGGCUAUCCUCAUCUUACUCAAGACAGCACCUCCGAUCGGCAGAAAACUCGCAAUCUUCCUUACAACCUCACAAAGAGAGGAAAUGCAGACAAUCGGCUUAGACCCACGUUUCUUCUACGAAGAAGUUUAUCUUAACGCUCUUACAACAUUCGACGAACUCCUUACUGUUAUCAACAACAUCGCACCAGAGAAAUUCAAACCAUCAAACGAUGAAACAAAGGAGGCCGAAGAAUUCGUAUCAAGAAACUCAAUACCAAUCAAGAAGGCAAUCGAGGCUAUCGAUCUCGUCGUUUACGAAUCAAAGGGUGAACCAAUUCAGUGGAAGGAACUCAAAUUCGCUCUCGAACAACAUACUAAGAGAUUGUAA